GGCGCUUUCUCUCCCAGAUGUCCUCCUCCCGGGGAAAGAGCGGAACUUGCUGGAGGGCACAGAGUCGCGGUGGGCUCGGCAAGCCUCUUCAGGCGCCGGGCGGGGAAAGCCCAUCCCCUCCGGAGCCCCGGAGGCCGCCUGCGACCGCGCAGCGCACAGCGAUGGAGUCCUCCUGGCUCGAGACGCGCUGGGCGCGGCCCUUGUACCUGGCCUUCGUGUUCUGCCUGGCGCUGGGCCUGCUGCAGGCCAUCAAGCUCUACCUGCGGAGGCUGCGGCUGCUGCGAGACCUGUGCCGCUUCCCCGCGCCUCCCAUCCACUGGUUCUACGGGCACCAGAAGUUAUUUCAGGAUGGUAAAAUGGAGAAAUUUGAGGAGCUUGUUGAAAAAUACCCUUGUGCCUUUCCUUGCUGGGUUGGGCCUUUUCAAGCAUUUUUCUACAUCUAUGACCCAGACUACGCAAGGAUUUUUUUGGGCAGAACAGAUCCCAAGUCCAAGUACCCACACAAGUUCUUGAUUCCAUAUCUUGGAAAAGGACUGCUGAGUCUAGAUGGACCCCAGUGGUUCCAGCACCGUCGACUACUAACUCCUGGGUUCAGUGUUAAUAUCUUGAAAUCAUAUGUUGAGGAAAUGGCCCAUUCUGUGAAAACAAUGCUGGGUAAGUGGGAGAAGAUUUGCAGCUCUCAGGACACAGUUGUAGAGGUCUAUGAGCAUAUCAGCUUGAUGACCCUGGACAUACUUAUGAAAUGUGCUUUCAGCCAGGAGACCAACUGCCAGAUAAGCAGCACCCAUGAUCUUUAUGUUAAAACAAUGUUUGAAGCCAACAAAAUCACCUUUUACCGCUUAUACAGUUUCUUACAUCACGACGACAUCAUUUUCAAGUUCAGCCCUCAGGGCCACCGCUUACAAGAGAUGGCCAAAAUUCUACAUCAAUACACAGAAAACCUAAUCCAGGAUAGAAAGAAAUUCCUGAAAGAUGAAAAGAAGCAUGGUAGUACUCAGAAGCAGAAGUACCAGGAUUUUCUGGAUGUUAUACUUUCUGCCCAGGCUGAAAAUGGCAACAGCUUCUCAGAUACUGACCUAAGGUCCGAGGUGAACACACUGAUGUUGGCAGGGCACGACACCACAGCAGGGAGCAUUUCCUGGCUUCUCUACUACCUGGCUCUGAACCCUGAGCAUCAAGAGAGAUGCCGGGAGGAGAUCAGGGGCAUCCUGGGGGACGGGUCUUCUAUCACCUGGGACCAGCUGGGUGAAAUGUCAUACACCACAAUGUGCAUCAAGGAGUCACUCCGACUGGCGCCUCCAGUCCCAUCCAUUUCCAGAGAGCUCAGCAAGCCUAUUACCUUCCCAGAUGGACGCUCCCUGCCUGCAGGAAUAACUGUGGUUCUCAACAUUUGGGGCCUUCACCAUAACCCUGCCAUCUGGGAAAAUCCAAAGGUCUUUGACCCCUUGAGGUUCUCCCAGGAGAAUUCUGAUCAGAGACACCCCCACUCCUUCUUACCAUUCUCAGCUGGACCAAGGAAUUGUAUUGGGCAGCAUUUUGCCAUGAUUGAGCUAAAGGUGGCCAUUGCCUUGAUUCUACUCCACUUCAAGGUGGCUCCAGACCCCACCAGACCUCUUGUCUUCUUGCACCAGAUGGUCCUCAAAGCCAAGAACGGGGUCCACUUACACCUGAAGAAACUCCCCUAAUGUUACAGCCCAGGGUACAAUGAUUAUAUAUGUAUUUAAAGUUAAAUUACAGCUAUUGGGCCAAGAAAAUGAAGAGAAAUCAAAAUAUGGUGGGAGGGUUAGGGGUACGUGGGAUGGGGGUCUUUGUGUAACUGUACAUUACCCAAAACCAUUUCUAGGUGAUAUCCUGUGUCACCCAGAUCUGUUUCUGUAUGAUUUGGGGAGAUUUUCCAAUCAUUUCUGUUGUUAAUGCUACAUACCAAGAAUUUUCCUAGGUGACUUCCAUAUAUUUUCUGUUGCUUUUUAAAAUAGUCUUUGGAAUUAUACAAGUAAUACGUGCAUGUAUGCUCACAGUAAAAGAUAUCCAACAUUCAAAAAGCAUGCAGAGUAAAAAGUAAAAAUCCCACAUCACAUACCCUACACCUCUCUGCCCUGACCAAACCCACUCAUUUUCCUAAAAACAGAAGAGUUUUGUGUUAAUUUUUUCAGAACGUUUCAUAUACAUUUCAUAUAUACAUAUGUAUAUAUGUAUUCUUACAGAUGGGAUCAUAUCCAUAGUAUUCUUGCUUUUUUCACUAUAAAAAAUACAUCUUAUUCCUAAUCAUGGAUUCAUGAUAUUUUAUAAUAUGAAUGUAUUAUAAUUCAUUGAACUAUUUUCUUAUUAUUGGAUAUUUAAAUUAUUUAUGGUUUAAAGACAUGCUUAUUGGCCACUUGUAUUUAUUUUGUUGUCUGUGACUCAUACACCAUUUAUGCUUCUUUUCCUAUGGAGUUCUACAUGAGUUCUCUAAUAUUGUGGAUGAUAGUCCUUGACUGUAACAUUUCUUUAUAACUUUCCCCAUUAUUCUACUUUUAUAAAACUGUAUGGUGUCUGUUAGCAUACAGAACUUCUAAAUUUUCAUGAAAUAAGGUAAAUAAACUUUUUUUUAUGGUUCCUG